AUGAAGCUGGUGGUCGAGGUCGCCGGCGCGCGCGACCUGCCGGCGAGGCGGGGCCGCGGCGGCGUGUCCCCGUUCGUGCAGGUCGCGUUCGGCGGCCAGCGCCACGCGACGGCCGUGAGGCCGCCCGGCGAGGCCAACCCGACGUGGAACGAGACGCUCGUGUUCGCGGUCGACGCGAGGACGGCCCGCGGCGGGCGCAGCCUCUCGGACGGCUCCAUCGACGUCGGGGUGUACCACCGGCGGGCCUCCGGCGGCAAGAGCUGCCUCGGUCGCGUCCGCCUGUUCGGCGCGGCCGUCGCGCCGUCCGCCGAGGAGGCCGUGCUCCUGCGCUGCCCCCUCGACAAGCCCAGCUUCUUCGCCUCCGCCCGCGGCGAGGUCGCGCUCCGGCUCUACUUGGCGCCGUACGCGUCGCCGUCCACUUCCGCCGCCGCCGCCAACGCGCCGGCGGGGAAUGCCUACUCCAGCACGUAUGCUACGACGACCUUCAACGACACCGCCUCCAUGGACGGUCCGGAGACGGUCGUCGGAGGCGCGAGCACGCAGUCAGCUCCAGCAACGAUCAAGAGGAAAACCAAGAAGAAAGAGCCGGUGCAAGUGUUCCACUCCAUCCCAACACAGUCCAGCACGGGGUCACUGAUCUUCCCGCCGCCGCCGCCGCCGCCGCCGCCGUUCGUGCCACCAACCGCCGGAGUCCCAGCAAAAGGUGCCGACAAGAAGGCGCCGGCGCCCGCCACCGCCGACGAUGCCAAGGCGGCGGAGUACCUCAUGGUCGACAAGUUGGAAUUCCUCUACGUCAAUGUAGUGCGCGCCUCCAACCUCCCCGGCAUGAACCUCACAUUGGGCAUCGACCCCUACGUCGAGGUCCGGGUCGGGAACUACUCGGCGGCGACACGGCACGCGGUGAGGAACCACUACCCGGAGUGGAACCAAGUGUUCGCCUUCUCAAAGGAUCACCUCCAAUCAGAUGUUGUAGAGGUGAUUGUCAAGGACAGGAACCUCAUUGUCUGGGACAGCUUCGUUGGGAAAGUUGUCCUGCCCAUCGUCGACGUGCCAAGCUCGGCUCCUCCGAAUCGCCCUCCGGCAGCGCAAUGGUACGGGCUCAAGGGCGCCAAGGACGGCCAGUGGACCGGCGGCGAGAUCAUGCUCGCCGCAUGGAAGGGGUCCCAGUCCGACGAGGCCUUCGCCGGCGCGCUGCACGCCGGCGCGCACGACCUCUCGCCGAGCGCCGUGGCUGCCACUCAGGCCAAGAGCUACCACGCGCCGCGGCUGUGCUACCUCCGGUGCCACGUCAUGGCGGCGCAGGACCUGGUUCACCCUGACCGGGGCCGGUCGCGGCCGAGCGUGUUCGCGAGGGUGCAGCUCGGCGCGCAGAGGUGGGAGACCCGGGCGUCGCCGAGCGCCAGGUGGGACCAGGACUUCUUCCUCGUCGCGGCGUGGCCGUUCGAGGAGCCGCUGGUGAUCACCGUCAUGGACGGCUCCUCGCCGGGGCGGCACGAGGUGCUGGGCCGGCUCGUCCUCCCCAAGAGCAGCAUCAAGGUGCAGCAGUUCGACAAGAAGAAGUUCAAGCCGCCGGCGCCGUCGUGGUUCGACCUCGAGGGGCCGCAUUCCGACGGGAACGGGGGCGGCGACGGCCGGGACAGGGGAUGGCGCCACGAGUUCCGGAGCAAGAUACAGCUGUGCGUCUACUACGAUGCCGCGUACCACGUCCUCGACGAGCUGACGACGUACGCCAGCGACUUCGAGCCGUCGGCGAAGCAGCUCCGGAAGCCGGCGCCCGUCGGCGUCCUCGAGCUCACCGUCCUUCGAGCGACCGGCCUCCCGUCGACGAAGAAGCGCCCGAACGGCGGGCGGGCGGCCGUCGACGCGUACUGCGUCGCCAAGUACGGGCAGAAGUGGGUCCGGACGCGCACGCUCGUCGACACGGCCUCGCCGAGCUGGCAGGAGCAGUUCACGUUCGACGUGUUCGACCCAUGCACCGUGCUCACCGUCGCCGUCUUCGGCAGCCACCAGCUGGUCGGCGUCGGGGAGGACCCGCGGCGCGGUGCGACGGACGCGCCGCUGGGCAAGGUCCGCAUCCGCGUCUCGACGCUGGGCUCCGGCCGCAGGUACGAGCAGCCGCACCCGCUGUUCGUGCUGCGGCCCGACCGGCUCGCCCGGUGCGGCGAGCUCCACCUCGCCGUGCGGUUCACGCCCACGGCGUGGGUGAGCAUGCUGUCCCUGUACCUCCGCCCGACGCUGCCAAACCAGCACUACGCGAAGCCGAUCCCGACGCACCUGCUCCCGGCGCUCCGGCGCGCCGCCGUGGACGUCGUCACCGCCAGGCUGGCGCGCGCCGAGCCGCCGCUGCGCGCGGAGGUCGUGCACUACCUCCUCCGCGACCCGUCGGCGCACCCGAGCCCCGCCGUGCCGGAGUUCUCGGCCUACAGCAGGCGCCGGUCCCUCGCCGCGCGCGCGCGCCUCCGCGACGUGCUCGCCCCGGUCGCCGCGCUCGCGGCGUGGCUCCGGGGCGUCCGCGGCUGGAACCACCCGCCCACCACCGUCCUCGUCCAGCUCCUGCUCCUGAUGCUGACGUGGCAGCCCAAGCUGAUCCUGCCGACCUUCUUCCUGUACCUCUUCGCCGCCGGCGCGUGGAACUACUUCCGGCGGCGGCCGGCGGGGCCGGCGCGGAUGGAGCACUACGCCGACGGCGUGCACCCGGGCAUGCUCGAGGAGGAGUUCGACGCGGGGCCGGCGUCGGGGACCCCACCGCACCUUGUGGAGUGGCGGUACCUGCAGCUCUGGGAGGCGGCGGCGCGCGUCCAGACGUUUAUCGGGGACGUGGCCACGCAGGGGGAGCGCGCGCACGCGCUGCUCGCGUGGAGGGACGGCCGCGCCACGGCGCUCGCGCUCGCGGCGGCGGCCGCGCUCGCCGCCGUGACCUACGCGGUGCCGUUCCGGGCGCUGGUGGCCGCCGCGGGGCUCUACGCGACGAGGCACCCGCUGCUGAGGCGGAGGAAGGGGCGGCCGUCGGCGCUGAUGUGCUUCUUCCGGCGGCUGCCGUCCAAUGCCGACGUCAUGCUCUGA